AUGGAUGGAUACUUAAGGCUUGGAAGCUCUGUUAUUGUCGUCAAUCCUGGUCCAACUUCAUUUUAUGUAAAGACUGGUAUAGUUCCGUUUCGAGCACCAUAUGCACUGAGUUUGGGAAUCAUAAAUGAAAAUGUCCUUCGAUCACGUAUUCGCAAUACAAAAGAAGAUUUCAUUACCAUGAUUUUGGAAUCAGAUAUGCUCAAAAUUGUUGCCUCUUCCACGCUUCAUCCAGCAGUGAGGAACGUGUUUAGAGUUGAGAGUUGCGGAAAUUUUCACGAGGGUAGUCCAAUUCGUUAUGGUCAACCAAUCAUGUUUGUUCUGGAACCAACAAUUGAAUCCUUUUCAAAUGACAAGAAUGCCAAAAAGAGAUUGUUUUUAGCCAGUGAUUUGAGAAGAAUCGGAGAUCCCAGUUUGCUGAUGGAUACACAGUCAAUCUAUUUGGAACUCAAUGAACCAAGUUUUGCCGCACAAUGGUGUCUGGAAGCAGCUGAUCCAAACUUUCGACAAGAAAUGGAAGGCAGACCGGUAAAAUUGGAUGAGAAACUACUGAUCCGACAUAUUCGUACUAACCAAGCGCUGGCACUGGAACCAAAAAUCAUGGUCCGCAAUGCAUUUGGACCGGAUUUGGGGAUCAGUGUGAAAACCUAUGUGGAUCCUCACAAAGUGGAACGUGAUGUGAAUUUGUGGCUUUUGACCUCGGCCACAGAACCACAGGUCCAAUCGAAAAUGGAACCACUAUCUGGGAGCGAAGCAUGCCCGGUUUUGACGUCGGAGAACACGUCAUUUGAGUGCGAUGUGUCUCGACAGAAAGUGGAUAGCUAA